AUGGGUAAAAGUGACACAUUUUAGCACAUCAGCUGCAUGGUCAUAUAAUUACACAGGUUAAGACAAUAAUAAUGAUGAUAAAUUUAAUUAUUAUUAAGCUUACUUUUAAAGAAUGAAAACCUGAGAUUUUUAAGUGCCUAUACACUCUUCGCCGAAAUAGGUGUAAUGAAUAAUUUCAAAAUUUUUUUCUACUCACUAGGUCACUGGGGUGGUUUCCAGCCAUUUGGUUCAGGCAGAAAAAGUACUGGUUAGUUGUUACCUUGAAUACAAAGCAUUGAUACUGAUUUCAUGGAAAAAUCGUGCAAAUUUGUGAUGGAUGAUUUUCAAUCUAGGGAUCAUGCUGCUUUUGGUGGUCUAGUGGUCUGUGCAUUAGUAAAAGGUCAUCCUAAAACAUGUUCAACCUUUAUGGUACAGGAUCAGUAUAUACAGAUUAAUAGAAGCUGGUUCAAGAAGAAAUUCGAAGAGGAAAUUAGACCAAUGAUGGACCUGUUUUUUUAAAGUUGCCAGUAAAAGAUUUGUUGUUUCUUACUUUAGGUAGAAGGCAUAAGUCAAUAACCAUUCCUCACCUAAUAUGGCAGAAAUUUCUAAAUCAGGUACCAGAAAAACGUGAAAUUUUAGUUGAAGUGGUUGCAUCGAAGAUGAAAUUCUCUUUGAAUGUUGUUUAUUUGCCCUAGGCAGCUGGUGAAUGGUUUGGAACCAUUUUGAUGAUAAGACUAUGUUAUGUUUUCAAACAGCAUAUUGAUGGUCUUUCCUUAGCUGAAAGUGCGUAUUGAUUCAUUGUUCUAACAGAUUGUUUUUAUUGGUGUUUAUUUAUUAUUUAUUUUACUUUCAGGUGCUAUAGAGGUGGGCAUUGCAACAAUGUCAAAACUGGAUAGAUCAAAUGCAGCUGAAAUCUACACUGUAGGUUUUGUUCCAUCUUAUUCACUGCCAGACAGGAGACCAAAUUCUCUGGAUCCAUUUCUUUACCCUCUCGUGGCAGAUUUGGAAAAGGCCUUUAUUGAAGGUGCUUAGAAAUACACCCUUCUUCACUUAGUAACAUGAUGAUUAUAUAGUGAAAGUCAAGGGAGGUUUUGUCAGUUAUAUUUGAAUUGAUAUUAUUUUAUACAAUAUUGCUGUGAUGCCCAGAAACCACCGGCCUUAUAUUACAGGGGCGUUGCCUACAUCUUGUAUUGUGAAUGUUAUAUCAGCCCCAUAAAUUGCAUUGGUGAAUACACAAACAUUUUUCUGUGACCUGAUGGUAUUUUUCUCUUUUAGGUAUCAAUGUCAACUACAACUGAGAGCUUCACUGUUUUCAUCCUGGAAUCAUAAAUAUUCGGCUUCUCCUUUUGCUUUGGACUGGGGACCAUCCUGCUCAAUGUGAAAUGUGCAAAUCUAAAGGUGCAGGAGGAAAGAAAGGUCGCAGGAUAUGCAAACUCAUAGGUUAGUGGAACUGUUAGGUAAACUUGAAACCAAAGAGCAGCUUAAGAAUGCUUUUCAUUCUCAUUACUUAACUACGGCAAGGCAUGUACCCCCACUAAUUUCUGCACUUAUUUCACCCUUUCAUCGGGUGAUACAAGGUGACAUACGUGUUUUCUGCUGUAACAAAAAAAAAGAAAUAGUCAGAAAGGUUGGGCUGCAAAACCAAAUUAUAUAAAGUUAUGUUGAUAUACCAUUUGACAGACCUUCUUUGUUACUUAGGUUCAUCAGCAUCUCUGAUACAAAAAGGUUAAAACAACUGAAAACUUGCUAAACAUCUACCUCAGAGGGACUAACAAUGACUGUCUAAACAUGCUAAAUAUUUAAACUGUCACUGAGAUUGUAUUUUGAUAAUAAAAUAUCAUUGAUAUAAUGUAUCUUAUCUUAACAAAUGAAAUGUAUUAUGUGUAGGAAAGUACUUGGAAGCCCAGAAGCAUUACUACUACCCAGGUUUCAGGGAACAGUUCCGAUCUCCUCCUGAGAAAAGGGACGUUGCUGAGGAAUUUCCACUCAUGUUUGAAAUUGAACGAGAAGAACGAGUGACUGUUAGAGAAAGGAGGUCCAGAGAAAGUGGCUUCUUGGGAGUAUCUCUUCUACACCGUCUCCACAGGCUCUACAAAUUUGAUGUCAUAAAGGACCUAGUUUUUGAUGUCAUGCACCUGGUGCCUCUAAACCUUGUGAAAAGGAGGUUUGAGUAUUUUCUCUCUAAUUCCUUGCUGGAUACAGAGCGACUUCAACCUGCCCUGGAAAAGAUACCAUGGACGCAAGGUACAAUGUUCAUUCAAAUCCUUGUUUGAUGUUGCUGCUCUAACAAUAUUCCUCUCAUUUACCAAUCAUUUAAAUUUACAUCAAUUUAUUCUAGUUUAUUCGAAAGAAACAACUGAUAUACUUUGAUAAAAAUAAAAUAUCAAUGAUAUAAUUUGCCUGCUUGUAAGUGUACUGCCAAUACAUGUAAGCUGUGGUCACUUUUUUAUAUAUUGGUUCGCUCUGGCUAACUUUUUCUUCCUGACUACUUCUUUUAGAUAGCAACAGUCAUGUGUCAGUGUCUUGUUUGCAUGGUCACAUUUAAACCUCCUUGCUCUUUAAAGUUGUAUUUUAUGUUUUUUUUUUUGUCAGAUGGUCUGACAAAAUAUCAGUCUUUGGAAACAGCAACAGUUAUUAUACUGUAACUUUCAGAAGUACACUCAUCUGGCCAAUCUGACAAAAAAAACUGAUACAGAGGUCUUCAAACCAUUUUUUAUCAAUUAGUUACUUGGUGGUAUUUUUUCUUCAGAGCACAGGUCAAGUGGGCUCCCACUGGACAUAUCAGAAUGAAAUUCUGGAAAGGUAAUUAUCUCUCAAACCAUUCCUGUUUGAUUGGGAGUGGGUAAUGGAAGACACACCAGACCUUAACCAAGUUUCUGUAGCAUAAAGCUAUUGAGAGUAUUACUACUCCUCCCUGAAUGAGAUGCUAGUUUCCUUGUACAUGUAGGGAUACUCAGUAUGUUGCUGCUACCCAUUUUAUACGCCUUGGUGAAGAGAGAGAAAGUGGGGCAAAGUUUCUUGUCUAUAGAAACAACAGAACAGCAGAGAUGGCAUAUUUGUCUAAAUGUCAUUGGUCUCCCUAGGGAUACUGUUGAGUCACUUGUAACUAGGCGUCAGAAUUUGACGAGGAAAGAAUUUAAACGUAUCCUAGAAUCUGAAGCACAUCCUUGUAAACGUUUUUUAGAAAUCAUUUAUUCCUAGAGGUGCUAAUCUUAACUUAAUUUGAUAUGUAUAUAUAAUAUGUAGUGUUUUGAAUUUUUAUUGUAAUAUUACCGUAAUUCUUAUCGCCAAAGGUAAUAAAUAAAGGUUAUUAUUAUAUGAUUGUGCUUACUGUAUAGAGCUGCUUUUACUGAUGUAAUAUUUUUUUGUCUUGUUUCAGGCGAGGAAUUUCAGAAAAUAGGUUUCCCAGCCUCUGAGUUUGUUUUUGAAGGACUGUUAAGCCCCAGUGAUGCAGACAUUUGGGCACCUCUUCCCAGAAUAGUUGAGUUUAUAUUCAACUGUGGCCUUCAUGGCUGGACAAUCGAAAUGAUUGAAAAUUUUAGGCGGCUCUGUUGGAGGUACUGCAUACUUGUUGAGAAGGCUUAUGGAGAUUCUGAGUGUGUCAUAACAUUGCACUCUCUUACACAUGUACCAGAGGACAUAAUGAAGUUUGGAUCACCAGACAACUAUUAUUGCUUUCAGUAUGAGAGAGUAGUUGGCCGCUAUGUAAAACAAACAAGCAACAAAAACGGUGUUGAAAAGACCUUUGCUAGAAAGGAGUCACAAAGGGAGUUUAUCAAAGUUUGGUCACAACAAGACAAGUUAAAUGCUCUGACCUCAAAGCAAACAGGGACGUUUGAUCAAAGAAAGGUGAUCUGCACGUCCUUUUUAUCACAUUUAAAUAAUGCGGUUGUUUGAUCUACAUAGACUGAAAGUCACCCUGGUGGAGCUGUAUACCUCGACCUCGAGCAUACUGGACAGAAGCACUGACUACCUAGGUAGUUGGGGACUCCAAGUGAAUUUUAGACUUACGUACUACUACCAUAAAUGUUAUUAUCAUUACAUUUUGUUUGCAGAGGCAUGUCUGUGUGUGUGUUGGCAGGGGAACAACUGCAGAUAACAUUGUUGUAAAAAAAAUAUUAUUAAAAAGUGUAGUCCACUUCUGAUUGCUCUUUAAUUUUGUGUACCUUCCAGAUGGUCGCUUCCUCUUUGCAAGCAGCAAGGAAUCUUGUCAAAAAGUGUGAAUUUGGUAGAGACGCCACAAGAGCUACUAAUGGGGUGCUCAUUGGAAGGGGCGAGACAUCUGUUAUUUUGAGAGAUGAAGAACCUAACAUUGAAGCCUGCUUAUUUACCAACUUUGAAAUUCGAGAAAUACCUUAUCAAGCAGUAAGGUACAAGAGUGCAUAUCUGCCAUUGCACAAUGUUGAUGGUGGAGGAACUGUGUAUAAAACUAGGAAUGAAGUCAUUUUACCGCAAGCUGGCCAUGAAAUAGUCGUGAAGAUUAUCCACUUUUAUCUUCUGUGUGAUGAAACCCACCAAAUUUCUGUUGCUAUAGUGGACAGAUAUAAGAGCAGUGAAGACAGCAAUGGUGCUACAUUGAGACAUCCCCUGAGUGAUGGGAUCAUUGUUCAACCGUCCGAGACUAAUUUUUGUUUCCUUUUGAGAGACAUUAACAGGAAAGUAAUGCUUUACCCUUAUCGACUAUUUAGCUAA